AUGAAGAUGCUUAAUGAGAGUUUAGGAGGUUAUUUCAUACUGGUGGGUUUUUCUGAUCAACCACAACUCGAGAAGAUCCUCUUCGUGCUUGUGCUAAUCUCUUACCUCCUGACGCUGGCGGGCAACACAGCAAUCAUACUGGUUUCCUGUCUGGAUUCCAUGCUCCACACACCCAUGUAUUAUUUUCUUACCAAUCUCUCCUUUGUUGACCUCUGCUUUACAACCAGCAUUGCUCCCCAGUUGCUGUGGAACCUCCAUGGUCCAGCCAAGACAAUUACACCUGUAGGCUGUGCCAUUCAACUCUACGUGUCUCUGGCACUGGGAUCCACUGAAUGUGUUCUCCUAGCAGUCAUGGCAUUUGAUCGUUAUGCUGCUGUUUGCCGACCACUCCAUUAUGCCACAGUUAUGCACCCACGACUUUGCCAGUCCCUGGCAGGAAUUGCAUGGUUGAGUGGAGUGGGCAACACACUCAUUCAGGGCACCAUUACCCUUCGGUUGCCCCGUUGUGGGAACCAUAAGAUUUACCACUUCAUCUGUGAAGUUCCUGCCAUGAUCAAGUUGGCCUGUGUAGACAUUCAUGCUAAUGAGGUCCAGCUCUUCAUGGCUUCUUUGGUAUUGCUUCUUCUCCCAGUAGCACUCAUCUUGGUCUCAUAUGGGUACAUUGUCCAAGCAGUGAUGAGGAUCAGGUCAGCUCAAGCCUGGCGUAAAGCCCUUGGAACUUGUGGGUCUCACCUGGUGGUAGUAUCUCUCUUCUAUGGUACCAUCACAGCUGUCUAUAUCCAGCCCAACAGCUCCUAUGCCCACAGUCAAGGAAAGUUCAUCACCCUUUUGUACACGGUAGUAACUCCCACUCUAAACCCCCUCAUUUAUACUCUGAGAAACAAAGAUGUAAAGGGAGCUUUGAAGAGGUUGGUGAGAAGAAAUAAGAGCACAGGAGAAUGA